AUGAAGUCCUUCGUUCGGUCACUCGUUCACCUUGCUCUGGGCGCAACUGCCCUCGCUACGCCUCUGAAGCCCGUCUCGGUUUCGCCUCGGCACUAUUCGCACUCGCUCUCUCCCCCGCUCUCUCCCUCGCUCUCUCCUCGUCAGGAGUGCCAGAACGGCCCCAACUCGAGGAACUGCUGGGGGAAAUACUCGAUAGACACCGACUUCUACAAAGUCGUCCCUGACACCGGAGUCACCCGGGAGUACUGGAUCUCCAUCGAGGAGAAAGAGGACUGCAACUUUGAUGGCUACAAGCGCUACUGCCAGGUCAUCAACGGCACCUCCCCUGGCCCCCUCAUCAGCGCCGACUGGGGUGACCACCUCGUCAUUCAUGUGACCAACAACAUGAAGAACAACGGCACGUCCAUCCACUGGCACGGCAUCCACCAGCGCCAGAGCGUCGAGUACGAUGGCGUCCCUGGUGUUACCCAGUGCCCCAUCGCCCCUGGCAAGUCCCUGACCUACAAGUUCCGCGCCACCCAGUAUGGAAGCACGUGGUACCACUCGCACUUUACCCUGCAAGCCGCCGAUGGUGUCGUCGGACCCCUGAUCAUCUACGGACCGGCUACCGCCAACUAUGACAACGACAUGGGUCUCCUCUUCCUGAGCGACUGGAUGCACAAGUCUGCCUUUGAGGGCUGGGCCACAUCUGCCAGCAAGGGUGGUCCCCCAGCUCCCGAGAACACUCUGAUCAACGGCACCAACACCUUCAACUGCGCUAACAGCACGGACGUCAACUGUGUCGGCGGCGGCAAGAAGUUUGAGAUGGUCUUUGAGCCCGGCAAGAAGCACCUGAUCCGCCUCGUCAACGUUGCUGUCGAUGCCCACUUUGAGUUCUCCAUCGACGGCCACGAGCUCACCGUCAUUGGCGUCGACCUGGUCCCCAUCAAGCCGUACAAGACCAAGACCGUGCAGGUUUCCAUCGCUCAGCGCUACGACAUCAUCGUCGAGGCCAACGCCACCCCCGGCAACUACUGGCUUCGCUCCGGCGCCGACUGCUCGCCCGCCACCGACCCCACCGCCUGGCGCAACGCCUCCACCGCCAUUGUCCGCUACGACGCCAGCAGCACCGAGGACCCGACUUCGACUUUGGACGUCGAGCGCAGCGGACGUUGUGGCGACGAGGAUGCCUCUCUCCUCGUCCCUCACCUGGAGCUCAACGUCGGCGAGAUCGCCGGCAUGACCACCCAGACCCUGGGCUUCAGCGCCACCGGCGACGGUAACGGCCACAACUGGUUCAUGUGGACUCUGAACAGCAGCUCUCUCGUCCUCGACUGGGCCCAGCCUAUCCUGAAGAAGAUCAUUGACCGCGAGCCCGUCUUCCCGACCCCGUACAACGUUGUCAGAGCUGAGAAGUCCACCGCCGCCACCGCCAACACCACCCAGUGGUUCGGCCUCGUCAUUGACAGCAGCUCCCUGGGCAUCCGCAUCGACCACCCCAUCCACGUGCACGGACACGACUUCUGGAUCCUCUCGCAGAAUUCCACCCCUUACACCAACACGACGACGCUCAACACCAUCAACCCGAUCCGCCGCGACACUGCCACCCUCCCCGCGGGCGGCCACCUCGCCCUCGCCUUUGAGCUCGACAACCCGGGCUCCUGGAUCGUCCACUGCCACAUCGCCUGGCACGCGUCGCAGGGCCUCUCGAUGAACUUUGUCGAGAGCCAGGGUUCCAUCGCCCUCGGCAUGGCCGACGAGAACAUUUUCAACCAGACCUGCAGCGACUGGAGCGCCGUCAAGGACUCCAUGCCCUUCCACCAAGACGACUCUGGUAUCUAA